AUGGGAACAACGGAUAGCAAACUAGCCUUCAGAAAGGGCGUCUUUCGACUGUUUGAAGAAAGAAAUCUUCCUAAAAAUAUGGAUGACUAUUGGACUUUGUUUUGGACUUUACCAGAAUCAAUAGAUGAUGUCUAUACAUUGAUCAGUAUUCAUGAUAUUAGGAGGACAAGAGAUACAGCCAUAGAAAACUUAGAAACGUUGAUUGAUAGAUUGUUGGAACAAAUGAAUUCUAUCCUCAACUCAACCAAUACAAACCAAAAUAUUCAAUUACUCAAUUGCUGUCGUAUCUUGAGUCGAGUGAUGCCCUUUAUCUUUGAAAGUCCCGAACAUGCAGAAUGGGAAGAUAGGUUCUUUUGGACACCGCGAUUGAUCGAAAGAGAAAGGGCAGAGGAUGGACAAAAACCACAGUAUGAUUCAUUGCCACCAAGAGGAGAAAUGAUGCUGUCAUUAUGUUUAAAAUCACUCUUCUUGGCUGGAUUCACAAUACCUUCGUCUAUUGGAACUGCAGAUAAUAAAGUGAAUUAUGUCAUUUGGGAGACAGGCGUUGGAUGCUCAACACCCAUUGGAUCAUCAAGAGACAAUGACAUGAAUCGAAUCGAAGUACUCCGACUGCUCACUGUUUUGCUAUCCAAAUCAAUGUAUACAACACCAACACAGAUAAUCUCUAAAGAGGAUCGUUGGUUAAAUUACAUGAUUACAAAAACAGAAAAGAAGAUUGUCCUCGCCUUCCUCUGUAGCAUGAUCAAUAUAUCCUGUAAAUACAACCCUUUAGGCUGGACAGUCGUGCCUUAUAACCACAUCAUGUUUUCUGACCCAAGAGAAUUGCUCGUUGGCCACUGUUUACGUAUACUGUUGAUCAUAUUGGACUAUCGUUUGCCCUUGACAAGAAAUGCAUCCUCAACAGAUGUUAUUGUAGAAAAGAUGGAGGACUUGAAUCUGUCAUCCAAGCAGAAUGACGGUCAAGUAGAAUCAAGUGAUAAUGUUUAUAGAUACUACCUAUCGAAGCUACAUAGAGCUCAAGAUUUUCAGUUCUUGAUUGAUGGUAUUUAUCGAAUAUUGGAUAACCCAAUGCAGACAUUGAACAACUACAUACCUGGUUCAUUAAAAAGAACUCGAUAUCAUGUGGAAAUGUUGAUGCUUUGUUGGAAAUUAUUAGAAACAAACACCAGGUUUAGUCAUUAUUUGAUGGAGACUGAAAGAGGAUUAGAUUUGAUGAUAGUAUUGGUGUUCUAUGCGAAUGAGAAUAAGCUUGAUCCAUCUCAAGUAGGCCUUGUUCGUAUGUGUGCAUUUAUGCUCCAGACUCUAUCUUCAAACAGACUAUUUGGUGUAAAGAUCAACAAAUCUUUUGAUGGGCAUGCCUCCCUGCCUGCUAGCAGUAAAAUACCAAACUUCCAAGGCACCUAUGCGGAUUAUCUUAUUCUUAGUAUCUUUUCACUGAUUGCUACAUCAAGAGGAACAUUAUCUACACUCUACCCAGCCUUCAUCAUGACAAUUACAAACAUAUCACCAUAUCUAAAGAGCAUAUCACCUAUGGCAUCAAGUAAACUGAUCGCCUUGUUUAGUUCCAUGUCUGCACCUGGUUUCUUAUUAGCUGAUGAAGCAAAUCACAAGUUGAUAGAAUAUUUGUUGGAAGCAUUUAAUAACAUGAUUCGAUUCCAAUUCUCCUACAAUUCUCGCUUUGUCUAUGCUCUCGUACGCAACGCUCUAAAGUUUCAAAAGCUAGCUGAUUUCAAUCUUGACGCUGCAUUAUCAGAAAAGUCAUCUAAUAUUGCCCGUAAGCAUGCAACAGAUGAUGAAGCCGGACUGUCAGAGAAAGCGAAAGGAAAGCUUCCCGAAGGCUCUACCUUAACACGACAUUCGAGUAGCUCAAGUCAACUUCAGUCAAACAAUGUAUCAUUUCCCGGAAUAAAGAAUGGAUUUAUCCCCACAGAAGAUUGGGUCAAUAACUGGCAUUCUCAGCUUCCUUUAGACACAAUCCUUUCUUUAAUAGGCUAUUUGAGGCCCCAAUUAGAUAAGCCUGGGUUGACAGGUGAUCAAAUUGUUGAAUAUAUAAGUAAUCUGUCAUUAUCAGAUAUCCCACUACCUACACCUGCACACCCAGUGACAGUCCGAAAAUUUCAAUGGACAGAUACACUCAUGAUCUGGUUCCAAAGCAUGCUCUGGGGCCAUACCUACAUCUCCUCUGUAUCCAACUAUGGCCCAUGGACUGGUACUCUGAUUAAACUAUUCCACAUCAAACAGCAACAACCGUCAGUGCCUGAUAACACACCUCCUCUUCCUGCUUCAACCCCUACGUCGGGUCAUUCGUCUCGACCCUCUUUGACUACCUCACGAACAGUUUAG